GGGGGCGGGGCAAGUGACGUCACAGGGUCAGGGGCGGGGCCAGCGGGGACAAGAUGGCGCUGAACAGGAACCACUCGCAGGAGGGUGGUGUCGUCAUCCCCAACGCCGAGAGUGUUCUCAAACAGUGUAAAGAUGUGGAGCUCUCCUUCAGUGAUGUGACGGGCAAGCCUGAAGCCUUCAAAGGCACCAAGAAAGGGAUGCUCUAUCUCACCCCUUACCGGAUGAUAUUUGUGUCGAAGGGCAAGGAUCCUAUGCUGUCUUUCAUGAUGCCAUUUUAUUUGGUGAAAGGAUGCUCAAUUGAGCAGCCGGUUUUCUCUGCCAAUUACAUCAAAGGACAGAUUCAGGCUGAGGCAGGAGGUGGCUGGGAAGGGCAGGGGACAUUUAAACUGACUUUCAACAGUGGAGGAGCCAUAGAGUUUGGACAGCUGAUGUUCAAAGCUGCCUCUAAUGCUUCCAGUGGCGUUCCUCUCCAGAACCCUGGCUAUGGCUAUACACCUGUUCCCGGAGGGUAUGCACCCACCCCGCCUGCUCCUGGGGGUUAUUCACCUGCGCCAGGGGGAUAUGCUGCUCCUCCACCACCAAAUGGACCAUAUCCUUAUACACCACCUAUGAUGAAUGCCUACGGACCUGCUCCACAGCCCAUGGGAUACCCAUAUGCCCAGACUCCAGGUAUUUACCCACCACUUCCGAACUUGAACCCUGUGUAUGUUCCACCUCCUCCCCCCUACUCUGGGCCAUCUCCUACAGGGCCCUUGGCCCCCUCAGCUCCCCCAGCCUGGAUGGGCCCAGGGGUGCCAGGGGACAGUAAGGCCAUGGAAGCGGCUUCCAGUGCAUAUUACAACCCUGCCAACCCACACAAUGUGUACAUGCCCAUGGAUCAGCCACCUCCUUAUACACCUCCUGAGGAUAAGAAGAACAACUAACAGAAAGAAAUUGCAACCAGCCUCCCACACUCUCUCUCCCUGAAGACAAUUUGGCUGUUACUACCCCUUGGGUUAGCAUAUCUCUAGGUCUUUUUGUAUAUAUACAGUAUAUGUAGUGGUGGGCAGCUGAGCACCUGCCCUCCCUGAACAUUAAGUCAGUGGCAAUACAAGGCAGAACAACAGCACUUUCCUGCUUACUUGCUUUAUCUCAUGGGGUCAAAGCACUAACCUUUUGCUCUGCCAUUGGCUUGAGGAGAGAGAUAGACUUCUUAUUAAGCCAUCAGUAUACCACAUGACUAAUCUAGGACUAAAAUACGAAGGCUCUGGGAUCUUCGAGCAAAACUACUUGGAAUACCAAACUUUUGACUUCUAAAUUGCCAUCCAAGAGGAAAGGUACAGAGAGCCAUGAGGUUCCUUGCACAGACCCUUGGGUGCCCCAGAAAGGUGUGAUAUUUCCUGAAAUUCUGGCACAGUUCAGUGUGAGAUGGGAUUCUGGAAAUCCUGUAUCAUGGUGGAAGUGUGUGUUUCAUGUCCUGGACUAACAGUCAUGGGGUGAUGAAAUAUAUCUUCAGAAACACUGAAGAGUUUGGCUAUGCAAGAGGGAAGGGAAUGGGCCCAAAUCAGCCUGCCUUUGUAGGCAAUGAAUAGAAAAGCAAACAAAGGUGUGCUGCAGGACAGUGAGCUGGUGUGGUGUGCGAAUCAGUCUUCCUUUCCUAGAAGCAGGUCCUAUUUCUGUGCAAUGAUCCAGCGUCAGGCAGCUGUUCAGGCAUAAUGGAGUCAAGUGCUGCAGCUGCUUGCCUUGGAGCAAAAUAUGUUAUGUUACGAAGAUGACCUGGCACUAGCUUUGUCAGGAGACAGGUCCUGCAGCCCUGGCUGGCUGUGCUGAGCAAGCAUGCGCUGUGUGCUAGCUCCACAGGGCAAAACUGGCCUUUGUCUCUUCCUUCAGCUGGUGCAGCCGGGGCGCAUGUGUCCACAUCUGAGCAGUGUGUGCAGGUCUGUGCUGUAAUACCAGCGCUGGGUUGCUCAGGGGUGCAGUGUCCUCUCUCAGCUGGGAACCACUGUCUGAUGCGGAUGUUAUUAAUGCUCUGCUCUCUUGCAGACUCUGGCUGCUCAGUCACAGCCUUUCCUUCUUCCUUAGGACAAAGUAUCAUUAAGCCUGCUCUGAGAGAGGCUCUCCAGUCUGGUGGAGAUGUUUGUGAUCCUUUACUUAUGGGGUGAUCGUACUUCUUCCUACAGCCUUUCUACCUUCACAGUGAAGGGGAAGGACUGUCUUCCUUUUUACUUCCCUUUGUGCCAGGAUUGCUUUGUAAGUCAGGCUUGCACAAGCUGCAGGUGUGAAUUCCUAAAGCAGCCCUGCAUGGGGGGGUAGUAAAUUUCCUUAUCUAGAAACACCUUUUAAGUCUGAGUUAGAGAUACUCUAGUAACUCUGUAUUUAAAGAGAAAAUCAACCAUGAAUGUUUGUAACUUUUUGAAUUGCACUUUAAUACAGGAGUGUUGAUACCUUUA